GGCCCGUCCCCGGCUCCGCCGCCGCUCGCCCGCUCGCAGCCAUGGCGGCCCCGGGCUGGGCGCCCACGCACGUGCGGGUGACAGUGCUGCGGGCGCGGGGGCUGCGCGCCAAGGCGGCGGCGGGCGGCAGCGACGCGUACGCGGUGAUGGCGCUGGGCCGCGACAAGUUCCGCACGUCGGUGGCCGAGCGGUGCCGCGGCGAGCCGCUGUGGCGGGAGGAGGCCACGUUCGAGCUGCCCGCCAAGCCCGCCGCGCUGCGCCUCACCGUGCUGCACCGCGCCCUCACCGGCGCCGACAAGUUCCUGGGCCGCGCCGAGGUGGAGCUGGGCCCGCUGAGGGAGGACGGCGGCCGGCGGCACACCAGGUGGUACAAGCUUCGCUCCAAACCGGGGAAGAAGGAAAAGGAGAGAGGGGAGAUCGAGGUGGAUAUCCAGUUCAUGAGGAGCAACAUGACAGCCAGCAUGUUUGAUCUGUCCAUGAAGGACAAGCCCCGCUCUCCCUUUGGCAAGCUCAAAGACAAGCUCAAGGGCAAGAGGAGCAGCGGCCUCUCGGACACGGCGUCAGCGAUCGUCCCCAGCACCUCCCACUCCCCUGCUGACAGCGAGGAUGAGGCAGUGGAGAAGGAGAAGAAGAAAUCCAAGUUCAAAGCGCUGUUCUCCAAGCCUGGCCUGCACAAGACAUCCCUGUCCCAGUCCAUGUCAGUGCUGCCCACUCAGCAGCCCCUCACCCAGAGGGUUCGGCUGCGGCCCAGCGACUUCCAGGCACAGUGGGAUGAGGAGGAGUCCCAGACCUCUCCUGCCUCAGAACGAUCCUUUGAAAGUGUGCCAGAACAGAAGCCAGCUCCUUCUCCUCUGUUUAAAUCUCGUAAACCAGCCUUUUUGGACAGUAGACAGCUAACCCAGGGAACCACUAACCACACCAAAAAGGAUGGGCUCUCUUUGUUCAGUGGCCUUAAAUCCAAAAACGAUCCCGUGUCCAAGUCCAGUCUGUGCAUCAAUGGCAGUCACGUUUAUAUGGAAGAGACCACGACGAAGGACAAGACUCCAGCCUCCUCCCCCUCUCCUCACAACCUCAGGAGGAAGCAGCUCUUUGCUUCAGAGGAGAACCUGUCCUCCAGGUCCACUAAACCACCUGAGGAGAUGGGGAGAGCCUCUCCUGGGCAGCCAUUCUCUGGGUCCACAUCCUUGGAGACCUUCAAAUCCAUGACUUUGCCGUCAUACAAACUGCUCAGCAGUGAGGAGCACCUGGACACCAGCGUUCCACCAAGCGUUGAGCCUGUUAGAGAGACCAAAAAACCAGACCAGAAAAAGUCUGCCUUGCUCUCCCUGGUCACUGGGAAGAAGGAAACAGUGAAGCCCAGCGAUGCUGAGAUUAUUCCCGACAGGACCCUGCAGAGUGAGGAGAAUACGAUUCCAGAAGAGAAGAGUGAAGAGGAGGCCAAAUGCCCUGAAGCCCCAGCAGAUCUGGGCAGAGGGAGCCCCUCAGGAGAUGCCCACCAUGCAGAGGAGGCUGUCACAACCAAGCAGCUGCCCAGCCCUUGUGAGGAGGAACGGAAACCUGAGAAAGCUGCAGCAGCCAAGACCAAAGCUGUGAAACCCAGACUGGGCCUGUCUCCAGAGGAGGAACCCAAAGCCACGCUUCCUACUCUUGCACCUGACCCCCUCCCUGCUUUCCUCUCUGUGCACCGUAUCAGCAGUGCCAAUAAUCCUUUUAUUUCUCAAGUGGGGCAGACGGUCCAAGUGCCAGACUCUGAAAACAUCACUGGUUCUCCUGCCUCUCUCACUUCUCCUGCUUUUGCUGCAGAGCUCUGGAAUGACAAGAACCCUUUCACUGCUGAGUGGGACAGGGCAUCCAGAGCCCUGGAUCCCAACAGCAUCGCCCGUUUCCCUUCAUCCCAUCAUCCUGCAGCCUCUGUUCCCAAAGUGCCUCUUCCUGGGCAGGUCUCUGCCAGGGGCAAUAAUCCUUUUGCUGCUGACUGGGGGCAGGGUCCUGAGGGUUCUGAGGCUUCCUGGGGUCUCUCUGGCCCACACACACCUUCUGUCCCCUCCGUCUGUCCUUUCAAUGACAGCAAUCCCUUUGUGUCCAAGCGUGGGGCACAGGCAGUGCCAGGUUCCCAGGCUGGUUCUUCCCCUUCCUGCCUUCCUGCUGGGGAGAAUUGUUCUUCUGCAGGACACCCUGCUCGUGGUGCUUCGGGGGGCUCUGCACAUGUGGCUUUAACCAGUGAUGUCACAGCUGAGCCAGACCCUCUGGGCACCUUGUCUGACCCCCCUGGGCUGGCUGCAGAGCCGCACUGGGAUUCUGCCCGGCUUCAGCCUGAGGGUUCUUUGGAAAGCAGCAAGCCAGGCCAUGGGAAAUCUGUGUCCUUUGUCCUUGGGGAGUGGCAGGGUGUUCCAUCAGGUGAUGCAAGUUUGGGUGGGCAGGAAGGGGGAGAGCAGCCCCUGGAUUCCAGUGGGAGGUCACAGAUGAGUUCAGGGGCAGCAGGAGAGCGAGCAAGGUUUGGGGGUGACCCAUCGACAGAGCUCUCUGGGGACAGCACACAUCCCACCUGGAGCAGUGAUGGAACAGCUGUGGAGGUCAGUGGUGGGAGCACUGAGCCCUGCACGAGGGGUGACAAAGGUUUUGUGUCUCUCUCCAAGUGCAGUGACAGCCUCGUGCUGGAGGCUGAGCAGGCACAAUCCCCCAAGGGCGAGCUCAGGGAGGAGCAGGAGCCCUGUGCUGGGAAGCAGUGGGCAGAACGUGUGCCCAUGUUAGAGCCCCAGGCACCUCCACCUGCUGGAAAUGAUCCAGUUCCUCAAGCCCAGCCCACACCAAGAGCCUGCACUGGGGAAGGGGAUGCAGGGAGGGCUGGCAGGGAGGUCCUUGUGCCCCCAAAGCCAGCCCCACGAGUGGCUGUGCUGCUGAGGAAACCCCCAGGGACUCCCCAGGCUGAUGCUCCUGCUCCAGGGGAUGCUGCAGAAUCCAGCCCAGGGCUCCCAUUCCCUGAGGCCUCAGCUGCUCCUGGGUGCCUCCCUCAAGGGGGCUCCUUGGGGACUGCCACCCCUGCAGUGGCGCCCAGAGGUAAGAGCAGGCCUGUAGAAAAGGAGGGUGCUGCUGGUUUGUCUGUCUGUCUGACAAAUGUCAGGUCUGCCGUUCCUGUUCCUGGGGACCGUGGCUCGGCGCUGCCCGUGAUCCCCGAGGGAGGCUCUGAUGAGGAGCUGCUGGGGGACUGCCAGGACAGCUGUGGGGCCUCUGCAGGUGACAGAGGUGUUCUAGGGAAUGGAGAGCAGCCCCGAGGUUUGACACCUUUGCAUGGAGAGCAGAGAGAGCUCUCUGAUAGCUCUGCUGCAGCCCCCAUGAUCCCGGCUGCUCCAGGAGGAGAACCAGGAGCCAUGCCUGGUGCUUGUGAGCCAGGGAGUUUGCCUGUGCUGCCUGCUGCAGUGAGGGCUCCCAGGGUCUGUGUCCAGGGAGCUGACUCAGGCUUAGGUGUGACAUCUCAUUCCAGAGAGUGUGAGAGUCAUUCUGAGAAACAAGAGCUGGAAAGGAGUGCAGGUGCUGAGGAGUGUGCAGAGUGUGACUUCUCUGAGCCUUCUGCUUUCUCUUCCUCCCUGUCAAGUCCUUGCCAGCCCCACUCUUCCUCUCAUUCCCUUCUCUCUGACACCCCGAGUCGUAGAGCAGAGUCUCCGAAAAAGCCAAGAGCCGAGGGCUUCGCAGAUAAAGCGGGAAAUUCGGGCAAGAAGAAACUUCUCCAGGCACGGGUUUCACCCUCUGAAACGUUCCCUAACCACACCCCAUGGUGUGAAACCGUGUCUCCCCAGCACAGACUCCAUCCUGUGAAACCAAUGAAUGCCAUGGCAAACAAACCUCAGAGCAAGAACCUGAAUGUCAUCAGCACCAUGAAUGAAAAGCUGCUGGAAAUGAGUGUGAAGAAAUAUGAUCCCUCAGACCCUGCCUAUGCCUAUGCUCAGCUGACACACGAUGAGCUGAUCCAGCUGGUGCUGAAACAGAAGGAUACCAUUACCAGGAAGGACCUCCAGGUGCGGGAGCUCGAGGAUUACAUCGACAACCUGCUGGUCAGAGUCAUGGAAGAAACCCCAAACAUCCUCAGAGUCUCCGUGUCUGGCAACAAAAAAGCUGGGAAGAUGUGAAGGGUCUGGUGGGCAAGGACUGAAUCCCCACCCCAAGGGAGGGUGAGGAGCUGGUGGUGCUGCUUGUGCUGCUCACAGAAAAUGACCUUUUCCUGUUCCUGCCUUGAGCAACCCUCGGAUUGAUCAAUAGUUCCAUCAGGUGUUGUAAUCAAGUCACCUUACUGUAUUUAUUUUUUUGGUUUUCUUCCCAUUAUUUGGGAAGGUCAGGCAUUAAUGCCAAGGCUGUGAUGGGAAGGAGGAGGGUUUUUGAUGUGUUUUGCUUUCCAGUAAGGCACUGAUGAUCCUUUAGGAAGAUUUUUUUUAAAUGGUUUUGUUUCGUAGCAGCUUUUAGAGAUCAGUUACUUUUCUUUCCACAUCUGAAGUUGUAGUGCAAUAUAAAUCCUUGUACAGUAGAGCUUGAGGAUUUGAUUGUUUUUAAAAUAAUAAUAAUUAACUACACUGGAGAAGUCCAAAGAUGACCCAGCUUCAGAGCUGGGCUGUAAUUUAAAAGGAAUUAAUGCCCUGAAAGUUGACUGUAAGCUGACCAAAUCUCAGUUCAUCUCAUCAAGUGGACAUUCCCAAGAGUCCUUCAGGGGAAAGCUGACAGAUUUUUUGGAGUAGGAGACAUUGAGGUUCACGGUACGUUUCUAGCAUAGGAAUGGCAUCAAUGAAUUUAGCCCAAAGGUACAUUUUAAACCAGAAAUUGUUCUCUUAGUGUCUUAAAUUUCUGCUCUGGAGGUUGUUCAGAGCAGGCAGAGGCUGCCCUGGCUCUGUGGGAGCUCUGUGACUUUUCCCUUUUGAGGGAAACGGAAAUCCUUUGGGGUUUGGAGCUGGGGCUCACCUUGAAGGCCCUUCCAAAGGUACAUUUUAAAUCAGAAAUUUUUCUCUCAGUGUCUUAAAUUUCUGCUCUGGAGCUUGUUCAGAGCAGGCAGGGGCUGCCCUGGCUCUGCCCCUUGUGCCCUGUGGGAGCUCUGUGACCUUUUCCCCUUUUGAGGGAAACAGAAAUUCUUUGGGGUUUGGAGCUGGGCUCACCUUGAAGGCCCUUCCAAAGUUACAUUUUAAACCAGAAAUUGUUCUCUCAGUGUCUUAAAUUUCCACUCUGGAGCUUGUUCAAAGCUCACCUUGAAGGCCCUUCCAAAGUGAUCAGCCUUGCAGUGCUUUUUGCUGUCAUUCCAGACAGGGAUUCCUGCCUGCUCUGGCUCCUUGCUGCUCCCACUGGGAGGAAAACCUUGUGUGGCUGAGGGAGCUGCGUGUGCUGGACAGCCCAGAGCUCCUGGGGGUCUCUGGGGUGUUCUCCCCAUCCCCACAGCCUCCCCCACUGCAAACUGAGCAGGGCUUUGUUCGCUGAGCCCCUUGGCACAGAUCAAAACCAUCAGAUGCCUUUUGGGACCCCUGGGAUUAUUUACCAGGGUAGGGAGAGUCCAUGAAAGGCUUAGAGGGAAGCUGGAAAACCAACAGAGCCCUGCAAAGGACCAAAGCUUCAUGAGGACCAAAGCUCAAAGCUUUCCAGCCUUAAUUGUAUGGAAAUAAACACUCCUACCCUUGGAAAGUGUUGGGUUAUUGGGUCACUCCUGGCCCAGGGGUGAGUUUCUAACUCCACUUUUCUACAGGAAAGCACUUUAUUGGGGGACUGGAGCAGCUCUCACCCUGUGAGCAGUCUGCUUACAAUGUCACAAACCACUGGAGAUCUCAAAUGCUGGAUUUUGUAGCAAGGAGCAGUUUGAUAGAUUUGCACAGAGAUGUAACCAUUUAUUAGUAAAAUCAGAGAAAUGCUCCAAAUGACAUUUUUAUUCCUGCUACCAAAGUCUGGAGCUUUACUGGCAGAGCUGUCCCUCAUGGGCAGCCUGACCUUAAACAAGCCUUAGGAGCUGAGAGUCUUGCAAGACUUCAGGUCCUUUAAUCUCAUUUUAGUGUUAUUUGAGCAGUGAGGGUGUUCUCUCCUUCCUGCUGCCCCCUCUGCUCUGAGUGAGGCAGCCUUGGUGGUGGUUUCAUUCUCAGUGGUGCUGCUUGGCCUUGCUGCUGCCUCCUGUGCCUUCUCGAGUGAGGAAGAUGAAGGAUUGAUUUGUUUCCUCCUCGUGGAUCUCUGCACACAGGAUCCUGUACCUCACUGAUAAAUUUGUAUUUUAGACUUUUUCUCCGCUGGGAAGAGUGACUUGCAGAGAACCAAAGCAAUAAAUAAUAUUAUUAUUCAGAAAAUGAAUAAUAUUAUGUUUUUAGCAGAGAUGGAGCCUUAACACUUGGGCAGCCUCCCCUGGCAGUGUUUCUGUGCCACUUCCAGCCCUGGGUGUUUUGUGGAGCCCGAGCUGAGCCCAGCUCUGCUGUGCCUGGGGGGCUGCAGCUCUGGAGCCUCUCCUAGGGGGCACAGGGGGGUCCCAAUCCUCGACCCCCUCAGCCCUCACACCUCAUUUUUAUUGGCAACACUCACUAAAGCCUUCCUUUGGUGUGGGGGGACUGGCAUUUUAUAUCCUCAGAGGCCUUAAGAAUCAAAUUUCUUGUUUGUUAUUGAAGGAUUUAAUGCAUGUUCCCUGUUUGUACUCUCUGCUUUUAACCCAGGUACUGUUUGUUUUUAAACACCUUUUGGUUUUAUGGAACACUAAAAUAAAGACACCUUA